UUUAUAUCAUGCUUAUCAUUUAUAUGAUUUUGAAGUGCUCUAUCACAUGAAAAAUUAGUCAAUUUAACUACAGUUAGAGUUGCAGUAUAAAAAUGAGUCAUCCAGAACAAGGAAAUCCCGCAGCGGCUGUCGAGCCAGAGGCAACGUGUUUGGUCAUGGAGGAAACUCGUAGAAGCAAGCGAACGGAGAGGAAACAACUGCAGGUAUCAAUCUCUAAAUCUUUUCAACAAGCCUUGGACGCUGAUGACUUGGAACAGUUUCAAUCUGUUCUGAAUGAUCCUAGAAUCGAGAUUCUCAAUAAUCUAAUCGAAGAAAUGAAGUACUGGGACGCUCAAACCACCAUCCCGGAACCGAAGACGUUUCUGUUCAAUUCUAAGCUGCAGCUUAUCUUAGAUAGCAUGCUUCAAGAAACUAACAAGUAUCAACCGUACUUGGAACGUUUCAUAAGCCGUUUCAAUUGUGUGAAUGAGCGAAUCUCCGGGCCGGACUUGAAUGCCCCACUGCACUAUGCCGUCGAACAGUUGAACGUCAAAUUUAUCGAAUGGUUACUAGAUCAACCGAACAUUCAAGUAAACUGCCGCAACAAACAGCGCAAAACAGCUCUCUUCCUGCUGUGUGAACUAUACGACGCCCUGGUCAAUAGCCCUAAAUUCAAGAAACGGUCGUUGAAGGCUGCGGAAAACCGCCCACAGGUCGAGGACCUCCGGCAGAUUAUAUUAAUGCUGAUUAAGGCGAAAGCUGAUUUCAACAUUUGCAGUGAUCGGCUUCAGUUACCAUUCGAGCUACUGAUGCGGAACACGUCGAAAGAAAAUGCAGGUUUUCUAGAGGAAUGUGUCAAACAAUUUAACGGUGCCAUUGUUAUUGGCAAGAGGAAAAAACAAAUGGUCCAUUUCUACCAAAAUGCGGUACCGGACAGGGUGACCAUCGAAUUGUUGGAAAUCUAUUUGCGUUUCGAAGAGGAAGGUAACUUUGCCCAGCAACUGGAAUGGUUAAAUAUCCAUACGGAGGAUGUUUCCAGUAUUAUUCGAUGUCUGUUGCACACUGCCGUUGAGCUUAAUCUGGAGAGAAGUGUUAGGAAGAUUGUAGAGUACGCCGGGAAAAAAAUAUUUCAAGUGGAGAAACUACCGAAAAAGAUUAGGACCAGAGUUUUUAUUCCUGCAGAUGAUGAGGAAGUUAAGGGAUCUAAACUAUUGCAUCGAGUAGAGCUCAAGGGGCUGCUGAAAAAAGCCUGUGAAAAUGGCAAUGUGAACAUAUUGGGUGUUCUGUUGAACAACAUGACCGACAAAAUAUUGAUCAACGACGAACCAAUUCUGGCGCUCACCUUGAAUCGGGCACAUGAACUUCAAAAUCGUUACGAAGAAAGAGCAAGAGUUUUACAGUGCGCCGAUCUGCUGUCCAAGGACCAAAAAAUUCAUCUCACUCGAACCGAUAACAAUGGAAACACCGCUCUACACAACGCCUUAAAGUUCGGUUUCACCGAUAUAGCGCUUGAGUUGCUUCAACAAAAAUAUGCCUUUCUAGGCAUUCGUAAUAAGGACGGUCUCACCCCUCUGCACUACGCUCGGUACGAUUUUUGGAAGAUGUAUUUUGACCAGUGUGUUUCAAUUGACGUCAAACGAUCCUACUAUGAUCGUAAUGAAAUUAGAUUCAACCUGAAUGGUUUCGAUCCGUAUAUCUUCAAGAAACGGCAGGUUAAAAGUAACGCCCCCAGAGACCGCAAUAAGCAAAAUUUGUGGCGUAUUGUGGAGAAAGCUUCUGUUUCAAAUACCCUACAAAAGCCGGAACCAACAUUUGUAACUGAAAUGGAUCCAAUCAAAAUAAUAGCAAAAUCGAAAGAUCUUAAGCCAUUACUCAUCCACCCCGUCAUCUACUCGUUUAUUCUGGUAAAAUGGCUCAGACUAACCAAAUGGAGUUACCUCAAUCUGUUUUGUACAUUACUUACCGUGGUUUGCUUCAGUUUGCAUUCCCUGGACGCCUGCAAUGGUGGCGAUUACUCGAUACUUUUAACCUGUCUGACUUUAAUUGGUGCUAUUUACAUGAUCUUUCGCGAGAUCGUACAGGCAAUGUUCCUAGGACUCAACUAUCUUUCCUCAAUGGAAAACUAUUUAGACAUAGGUACGAUCACAUCGAUGCUAAUCGUCCUCUCGGGUGGCUGUAACUCAAUUCUCUCUUCACUGACCAUCAUUGCUUUCGCAAUGCAGCUCACCGUUCUCAUAGGAUCUCUUCCCUUCAACAGCCUGUCGACCUACAUGUACAUGUUCAAAACCGUUUCAGUAAACUUCCUAAAAAGUUUUCUACUCUUCAUCCCACUGCUGGCUGCCUUUACAUUCGGCUUUUUUGUUUCGUAUAACGAUCAAACAACAACACAACCUAUAACAUCCAACGGCACCGAGGAAGAUUUUAACAAAUUCACAUCCUUCUCAAAUGCAGCCCUAAAAACUCUGGUCAUGACCACCGGCGAAUUUGAAGCAGCUGCUGUCGAUUUUAGUGGAGGGAAAAUAAUUCUUUUUGUGUUAUUCAUAUUUUUCGCACCGAUAGUUAUUCUCAAUCUUAUCAACGGUUUGGCGGUCAGCGAUAUCACAGCCAUCAAACAAGAAUCGGAGCUGAUCAGCAUUAGCAAAAAGGUACUAAUCCUAGAACGGUACGAGCGUGGCCUGCGAAGUUUACCGAUCAAUUAUAUUCGAAAACUUUUCCCAAGCCCAUUUUUCGAAAACCACUCUUACGUGAUCGCAGUCAGGCCGAAAGAAUUCCGGAAAAUUGUAGUUCAACAGAUCGCAAACCUGGAGGGAGGCUGUAAAAAGCUCCCUAAGGGCGAGUGGAGGGUUGUUCCGAAUCUACCUGGGGCUUGGUUUGCACGGGGAACCGAAGGGUUUUACGUAAAUCUAAAACUUUUAAAGUUCCCUCUAUUUUUGACACUGGAUGAACACGUCCUGGACGAGGCAUUGCGGAUUGCCGAUCAAAGCAUCAUUGUGAAGGAGAUUGUGGACAGUCGACGCUUCGAAAUCGAAUCAGCAGCAGCAGCAACAAAUGAAGUGCUGGAAAUGGAAGUGAAAUUUGAAGAACUGAAGAUGGAAAUGGAGAAAAUAAAUCGGAUCCUAAAUAGGCUUGUAGUGGGGAAAAGCCGUUUGAAGAAAAAAUCCAGACAAACAACGGAAAGCGAAGCCGGCGAUAUGAAUCUUGAGGAAAUUGUUCAGAGUAGAAGCAGUUUAGCUAGAUUGCCGGUGUCGAAAGCUGUGUUUGCUCAUAAAACUUUAAUGAGAAAAAAUGUUAAGGUGAAAGCUGGCUCAAAAUCUGACCUAUUAAAAACGGUCAAUGUGGUUAGUGCAGUAAAGAAAUUUGAAAAAAAAUCGAAUAGGUAAAAAACGAAAACAGUGCUAGCAAUGAACAUUAUCGUCUUGGUUAUUGAUGGUGCCAUAACAGGGUGUUAUUUUUUGUUGAAAAACCGUACUUCACUAGUUUCGAACUCUAAGGCGGAGAAAAACUUCUCAGUUACAUAGCUAAAGUUUUAUUGUACAUUACAUGCUUAAAUAUUAGUAGUUUUGUGAUGCAAUUUUUGUCCGAUUUCUCCCUGCACAUAAAGUUAUAAAUAA